AGAAGACAUCGUCUUCUUCCGGAGGGCCUUGGCCUGACUUAUAAGACUCGGUGGUCGCCCUGGUCCGAAUGUAAAUAAAAGAUUAAGUGAGGCUGCAGUGGAUCCGCGCAACUGACAAGAUGGCCAUUCGUGCUGGACUUCUUGCCCGUACAGGGUCAGCGGUGGGAGGUAUUAGGAGGCCCGAUGCGAUUUUCUCUUCAGCGAUCUCAGCGUCUCAAGCAUCCGGGCACACGUUCCUCAGAGCUGGGAGUGGAUCCAUAGUAAGGAACGUGGCGCUCGGGAGUGUGCAAAGCAGAAGAAAGGUCGACGUUUGGGAGCAUAUUUGUGGCACCAGAGCUAAUUGCAGUGAUUACAGCGCUAGUGCUGCUUCAGCUGGUCGGCGAUUUCCUGUGGGAGUCAGAGCCAUGUCUUCGUCUGCAGCAGGAGAGACUGAGAAAUUGAAGAUCAUUGGCAUUUCUGGAUCUUUUAGAAAGGGCUCCACCAACACUGGCCUCCUUCGUGCUGCAGUCGAAAUCGUGGAAAAAGAUUUUUCUGAUGUAAGCCUUGAAAUAGUGGAAAUCAGCAAUCUGCCUUUUGUGAACACGGACCUUGAGGUCAACGGUACAUACCCAGAAUCAGUGACAGAAUUCAGAGCGAAGGUUUUGAGUGCUGAUGGAAUACUUUUUGCUUGCCCUGAGUACAACUACUCCGUUACCGGUGUGUUGAAAAAUGCCGUGGACUGGGCUUCCAGGCCACCCAAUGUAUGGGGCGACAAGGGUGCAGCGAUUAUCUCGUCCGGUGGAGGUAACGGAGGAUCGAGGUCCUCGUACCAUCUUCGGCAGACGGGAGUGUACAUUGACUUGCAUUUUAUCAACAAGCCAGAAAUGUUCGUGAAAGCUUUUGAGCCCCCGCAGAAAUUCGACCAAGAUGGCAACUUAAUCGACCAGAAAUCCAAGGAGUACCUCAAGGAAGUAGUCAAAGCCUUGCGUGCUUGGAUUAUACGUUUGAAACGCUGAAUGUUUGCAAUUUUGCCCAGUUCGUCAUAUAGCCCCUACAUGUACAGCUCCUACCCCGCGAAGCACAGAAAGUUUAGCCAACAAUAAACUGUUCAUACAAGUUUGCACCACACGGGGCUUUCUCUCUUGCCAUGUCCGCACAGAAUUAUGAUAUAAAGCUGAUUGCCGAGUAUUGUCUAUCCUACUUUAUACCUCCGGUUACGAUGAAAGUGUGAAGGUGUGCAAUCGUGUGUAUCCAGUCGGGACAUCAUAUGUACCAGGCCCAGUGCUGUUCUAUUGCUGUGGCAUCGACAUUUUGAGUUUAAGUGUUACAUAGCGAAUGUUGUAGAAGGCGACAUGACACCAAUCGGGAAGAGGUACACGGAACUUUUAGCAGUUACGAGCAGAAAAAUUUCGCGGUUGUAAAUUCACCUACGGUUGACCUUUAGCGCCAACGGAUGCCUG